AUGAAGGUUGUUACAGCGUUAGCUCUCUUGAUGGCAGCUAUUUCGUUAACCGCCGAUGCAGCACCCGCCUCGAAAUCAUCCGUAGUCAAACUUGAUUUGAAGAAAUAUAAUUUGCCCGAUUCUUUUACUUGGCUCCAAAAGUCACAAUUCAUUAAAAAUCAUGCACUAUUGAAAUAUUCGAAUAAUAUUCGAACAGCAUAUAGUCAAGGUUUAGUUGGUCAAGAAGCCAUCGUAAGAUUAGAAGCGGCAUCCACUCCAGUAUUUGAUGCUUCCUCACCAAAAACUUUCAUUAUUAAUACUAAUAGUACUAGCGUUAACGAUGAUAGCAGUGACGGUUCUGCUGGCAAAGAUAGAAAAAAGAAACACGGAAAAAAUAACAAUCCCGACAAUAGUCAACCUGAUAAUUCAAACAAUCCUGAUAAUAGUCAACCUGAUGAUUCAAACAAUCCUGAUAAUAGUCAACCUGAUAAUUCCGGCAAUCAACCCGACAAUACAGGCAAAGGAACUGUCGAAGAUCCUCUUAAAGAUGAAGGAUUUGACAUUGGAUAUCACGGCCCAGUUGAAAUAGGAGGACAAACAUUUGAUGUAAUAUUCGAUACUGGUUCUUCUGAUCUUUGGGUGCCGGCGCAAGAUUGUAGUGAUGAAGCUUGCAAAGCUCAUAAAUCUUUUGAUCCGAAAAAGAGCAAAGGAUACAAAACUAAUAAUAAGCCAUUUGAAAUUAAAUAUGGUACUGGUCAAGUUUCUGGAAUUAUUGCA